CAAGCAAAAAAAAAGCGAAAAUGAGCAAAAAUGUAAUUGAUCAGUGAAGAAAACAUUUAAAAAAUGUAACCAAUAAAUAAGAGUAAAUCUCUUUUUUGUAAGCACACCUGAAAAGGGGCACAUUGCGCAUCAGUGAGUUGUAGGGAAGUGGCUGGUAAAGGCAAAAUCACGGAACAAAGAAGAAACAAAUUCCUAGGAUUAAUGAUGGCAUUAUUUUACAACGCGGCUCAAACAGAAGCUCUUGCAGUUUUGAUCGGAGAAAGAGUCAUCACGUUAAGGCAUUUAUCACUUUACUACAGAGAACUUACUCAGAACUACCUUCCGAACUGUCACCAUAUAGAGGGCAUAGAAUGUGGGGCUGAAGAUAUCACAAUACUUGAAAAUGGACUGGCCUUUCUGAGCACUUGCGUGAAGCAUCCAGACAUACCGUCUUAUUCAGAUGACCCUGGAAAGAUCUACACCCUGAAUCUGUUGGAUUCUAAAAUGAAAAUUAAAGCACUGAACAUCAAGGGAGACUUUGACAAAGACUCUUUUAAUCCACAUGGAAUCAGCCUGUACACGGAUGACAAAGAUGGUGCCGUAUACCUGUUUGUUGUGAAUCAUCCUCAAGGCAACUGUCAAGUGGAGAUUUUUCGAUUUGUUGUGGAUGAAAAUGCUCUCCAGUACAUCAAGACCAUCAAGCAUGAACUCCUGCACAAUGUGAAUGAUAUAGUCGCUGUGGGGACCGAAAGCUUUUAUGCCACCAAUGAUCAUUACUUCACGAAUGGGAUUCUCAAGAUUGUGGAGCCGUUUCUGUCUUUGCCCUGGUGUGACGUCGUCUACUACAGCCCUCAGACUGUGCAGGUUGUGGCAGGGGGCUUCUUGCUUGCCAACGGCAUAAAUAUCUCCCCUGACAAAAGGCAUUUGUAUGUGGCAGAUCUUCUGAAGCACAAAAUUGUUGUCUUGGAAAUACAGAAAAACACUGUAUUGUCUCAUGUAAAGGAGGUUGAUGUGGGGUCACUCUGUGACAACAUUGAGGUGGACCGUGAAACUGGAGAUCUAUGGCUGGGCUGCCACCCAAACGGUCGCAAUUGGUUACUUCAAGAUCCAAAUGAUCCACCUGGUUCAGAGGUUAUCAGGAUUGAGAACAUCCUCUCUGAAAAGCCCAAGGUGACCCAGGUGUAUGCAGAUGAUGGCAGUGUGAUCAUUGCUUCUUCGGUGGCAACCCAAUAUGGAGGAAAGCUGCUCAUUGGAACAGUUUAUCAGAAAGCUCUGAUCUGUGACCUUAAGUAGUGUAUAUACUUACUGGAAAGAAUAAAUAGUGGCUCAGCUGUUUGAAAGAUUUUGUCU